AUGAGUCUUAGUUCCUCUAAGGUUGCGCCACUGACGGAAAUUGAGACUCAGGUGGGGCCCGAGCCAGAGGAGCCGGUCAACCCAGAGCCCCCACCGGAGCCUGCGAAGGAGGGGCAGUCGGAGGGCAAGUUCACGGAGCGGUCGGAGAUCGGGAUUGGACCCGACUCCCCGGAGUUGCCCAGGCCCCAGCGGCCGCUGCUCGACGCCUCGAAGCUGCUGGCCCAUGAGGGUCGGGAGUCACAACCGAACUGGGCUUCAGGGCAGAGCGCAGAGCGGCUACCGCCCUUGAGGCAGGAAUCCAAGCAGCUCCAGCCCCAGCCGCCGCCAACUCGUUGCCACACCAACUGCCUGGAGAAGCCGCUCUCCCGCGCCUUCCAACGGCUGGGAUGGUGUGUGGGUUCACACCCCUGGGUCUUCCUGCUGGUCCCCAUCCUGCUGACGGCUGCACUUGGCAUCGGCUUCAUUUACCUGCCCAAGGAGGAGGAAGAAAACCUCGAGGAGCAGUACACUCCGAUCGGGAGCCCUGCCAAGGCCGAGCGGCGAUUUGUGCAGGCACAUUUCACCACCAAUGACUCAUAUCGCUUCUCCUCUACCAGGAGCAGCAGCGAGACCAACUUCGCUUCCAUUCUGGUGGUCUCCAACACCGAAACACUGCUGGAAUCAGAGAUCUUUGAGGAAGUUAGUAAAUUAGACCAAGCAGUGCAGACUCUGAGUGUGAGAAAGGAAAAUGGAGCCCCGAUCCACUACAGAGAGGUGUGUGCCAAGUACAGGACCUUCUGUGUGCCCUCCAACCCACUCCUGUACGUCUGGCAGAGGAACAAAUCCCUCGACCUGAAAACAUUCACCUUCCCCAUGCAUAACUUUAAGAACCACUUCAUCUACCUGGCUGGCUUCUUUGGUGGAAAUACCUUGGGCGAUGCCGUAGGACAGAACCACUUACUUCUGGAAACCAAAGCCAUGAGGCUCUUGUACUAUCUGAAGACCGAAGUCAAGGAGGACAGUGAGCAGAGCAAGGACUGGCUGGUUCAUUUUCAGGACGAAUUUUACAACCUUAAGGAGAAGCUGGCCUUUAAAAAUAUCCAGGUGGUCCACUUUACAUCACUUUCCAGACAACUGGAAUUUGAGGCAACUUCUAUGACAGUGGUCCCUUUGUUUCACUUGGCCUACCUUCUAAUCAUAAUAUUCGCAAUUAUAUCAUGCUACAGGUUUGACUGUGUACGAAACAAAAUGUGGGUUGCAAUCUUUGGAGUGGUGUCUGCUGCCUUUGCAGUGGUGAGCGGCUUUGGCCUGAUGUUGUACAUUGGGGUGCCAUUUGUGAUCAUAGUUGCAAAUUCACCAUUUCUUAUUCUAGGUGUUGGGGUUGAUGAUAUGUUUAUCAUGAUUUCUGCCUGGCAGAAGACCAGUCUUAUGGAUAGCAUAAAAGAGCGGAUGGCCAGUGUCUAUGGAAAGGUGGCAGUGUCCAUUACAAUCACCACCAUCACCAAUGUCCUGGCCUUCUAUACAGGGAUUAUGAGUUCUUUCAGGUCCGUACAAUACUUUUGCAUCUAUACAGGAACAACCCUGCUCUUUUGUUAUUUUUAUAACAUCACCUGUUUUGGAGCAUUUAUGGCCCUGGAUGGUAAAAGAGAAAUACUCUGCCUACGCUGGUUGAAAAAGCCAGAUCAGAAAUAUUCCUCAUUAAAAAAGGCCUGCUGUCUCCCAUUUUCUUCUGUCCCAGAUGAACAAGGAACUGAUAUCCAUCCAAUGAAUUUGUUCUUUAGAGACUAUUUUGGUCCUAUACUCACAAGAACCAUGUCCAAGUUUUUUGUGGUGGUGAUAUACAUUUUGUACAUCAUAAGCAGCAUAUAUGGGUGUUUCCAAGUGCAGGAAGGUUUAGACCUCCGAAAUCUAGCAAGUGAUGAUUCCUACAUUACACCAUAUUUUAAUGUAGAGGAAGAUUAUUUUUCGGAUUAUGGUCCCAGGGUUAUGAUUAUUAUUACUGAAAGUAUUAACUACUGGGAUGAAGAUGUAAGGGAAAAAUUGGAAAAAUGUAUAGAAAAUUUUAAAGAAAAUGACUAUGUAGAUAGAAAUCUUACAGAGUUUUGGUUACACACAUAUAUGGAUUAUAUGAAAAGAAAUGGACAGGAGCCUAAUGAUAAGGAUACUUUUAUGAAUAGUAUGUCUCAAUUUUUACGUAAAUUUCCAGUUUUUACAUAUGAUAUUAAUAUUACAUCAAAUGAAAUCAUUUCCUCCCGGGCCUUCAUUCAGACUAUGGGUGUUUCUUCCUCAACCAAUAAGAAAAUAAUGUUACUCCAAUUACGAGAAACAGCCGAAAAGUGUGAGAUUCCUCUAAUGGUGUAUAACCAGGCGUUCAUAUAUUUUGAUCAGUAUGCUGCAAUCAUAGAAAACACUGUGCGGAAUAUCAUGGUUGCGUCGACAGCUAUGUUCAUUGUUUCUUUAUUGUUAAUUCCUCAUCCAAUGUGUUCCUUGUGGGUAACUUUUGCUAUUGCUUCUGUGAUUGUGGGCGUAACAGGUUUCAUGGCAUUUUGGAAUAUCAAUCUUGAUUCCAUAUCCAUGAUUAAUCUUGUCAUUUGUAUAGGAUUUUCUUUUGAUUUUUCUGCACACAUAUCUUAUGCAUUUGUUUCCAGUACUAAGACUUCAGUAAACCAAAAAUCAAUUGAGGCAUUAUAUCUGCUAGGCUAUCCAGUGUUACAAAGUGCAAUUUCAACAAUAAUAGGAGUGUGUGUUUUAGCUACAGCUAAAGCAUACAUCUUCAGGACAUUUUUCAAGAUUAUGUUUCUUGUUAUGGUAUUUGGGGCUGCUCAUGGCCUAAUUUUUAUUCCAGUCUUCUUAACCUUUUUUUGA